AUGACUUUCGCCGGCAAGGACGCUUCCAAGGAGUUCAACAUGAUCCAUCCUGCUGAUGUUGUUCAGAAGUACGUCCCUGAUUCCAUCCUUGGACCUGUUGUCGAGGCCUCUGCUGCGUCGGCCCCUGCCGCUGCCACUCCAGUCGCUGCCCCCGCUGCUGCUCCCGCUGCUGCUACCAAUGGUUACACUUUGGAAGAGGUUGCCAAGCACAACACUGAGAGUGAUUGCUGGGUUGUUCUCAACGGACAGGUUUUGGACGUGACUGAUUUCCUUCCCGAGCAUCCUGGUGGAAAGCUCGCUAUCAUGACUUUCGCCGGCAAGGACGCUUCAAAGGAGUUCAACAUGAUCCAUCCCGCUGAUGUUGUCGAGAAGUAUGUGCCCGAGUCUAUUCUCGGACCUGUUGUUGAAGCCUCUGCUGCUGCCGCCGCUGCCGCUCCGGUCGCCCCUGCUGCUGCUACCCCCGCCAACGGCAUCACCAUGGAGGAGGUCGCCAAGCAUACAAGCGAGACUGACUGUUGGGUGGUUGUCAACGGCCAGGUUCUGGAUGUCACAAACUUCCUUCCUGAGCAUCCCGGUGGAAAGCUAGCUAUCAUGACUUUUGCCGGUAAGGACGCCUCCAAGGAGUUCAACAUGAUCCAUCCAGCUGAUGUUAUCGAGAAGUACGCCUCUGAUGCCGUCCUCGGACCUGUGGUUGAGGCUUCGGCUGUUGCCCCUGCUGGUGCCUCCAACAACUUGGCUCAGCCUCUUCUCAGUGACUAUUCUGCCAAGGCUGUUCCUGCCCAAUGGUGGGGUGAGGAGCGCAACACCUGCGACUUGCAUGGCCCUCUUGGACCCUCUGUUUGGUCGUACUGUGCUGCUCUCUGCUACUUCAUCUGGAUGUUCGUGAUCGAGACUUUGAAGACCAUCUUCACUAUCAAGAACUGGAAGAACAUUUCCGAUAAGUCUGGAUUGACUCGUUCUGCUAUCUUCAUGAUGGUCUUCGUCACGAUUCAUGCUUUGGGUAACAUCCAUUUAUUCUUCGGAGCUAUCCACUUCAAUGCUUACGCCUACUUCCUCAACCACCCUUGCCCCUGGAGCACUCUUCUCCUCCCUGUGGAGAUCUAUCUUCUUGCCUGUGGUCUCUUGCAUGUUACUGUCGCUACCGUCCGUACCUUCAAGUUCAAGAGUAUGAACAGCAGCAUCGAUCAACUUUGGUUGUUCUUGACUGGCUGCGUUCUCUUCGUGUUCCUGGUUGUCCAUCUCAUCCAGUUCCGCUUCGUUAGCGAAGCCGCGGCUCCUCAGUACUACUUCCGCACCAAGUGGAUGUAUCCCUUCUACUGCAGCGGUGACGAUACCUCUUGUGAGCUCGUCCACUUCAAGGAUCUUUACAAGAUGGAGAUGAA